AUGGACCCACAAGCAGGAAUAUCUCAGAAGGACAUCUAAUGUUAUCCCUGGAUUGUGAAAUAACAGAUAACGACAGUAGACAGGAUUCUCCAGGAGAUAACCUCAUUACCCCAAUUAUACAUCCAGCUCUAUCAACUGAUCCCCCUGAUCCUGGGAAAUGUUCUCCUGAUCACUCUGAUAUUGGUGCAUCUAUUACAGCUCUGAGAUUAGAUACAGAGUUUCCCUGUUCUACAGAUGCCAAAUGUUUUACACAGAACACAAACCGUAUUACUCAUCAGCCAGCUAAGGCAGGUGGGAGGCCAUUUCCAUGUUCUGAGUGUGGGAAAUGUUUUACAUAUAAAUCAGAUCUUGUUACACAUCAGAGACGUCACACUGGUGAGAAGCCAUUUCCAUGUUCUGAGUGUGGGAAAUUUUUUACAAGUAAAUCAAAUCUUGUUACACAUCAGAGACUUCACACAGGUGAGAAGCCGUAUUCCUGUUCUGAGUGUGGGAAAUGUUUUGCACAGAAAUCUGAUCUUUUUAAACAUCAGAGAAGUCACACAGGUGAGAAGCCGUAUUCCUGUUCUGAGUGUGGGAAAUGUUUUGCAUCGAAAUCAUAUCUUGUUACACAUCAGAGAAGUCACACAGGUGAGAAGCCGUAUUCCUGUUCUGAGUGUAUGAAAUGUUUUCCACAGAAAUCAGAUCUUAUUACACAUCAGAGAAGUCACACAGGUGAGAAGCCGUAUUCCUGCUCUGAGUGUGGGAAAUUUUUUGCAUCGAAAUCAAAUCUUGUUACACAUCAGAGAAGUCACACAGGUGAGAAGCCGUAUUCCUGUUCUGAGUGUGGGAAAUGUUUUACAUCGAAAUCGGAUCUUUUUAAACAUCAGAGAAGGCACACAGGUGAGAAGCCGUAUUCCUGUUCUGAGUGUAUGAAAUGUUUUACACAGAAAUCAGGUCUUGUUACACAUCAGAGAAGGCACACAGGUGAGAAGCCGUAUUCCUGUUCUGAGUGUAUGAAAUGUUUUCCACAGAAAUCAGGUCUUGUUACACAUCAGAGAAGUCACACUGGUGAGGAGCCAUUUCCAUAUUCUGAGUGUGGGACAUUUUUUACAAAUAAAUCAAAUCUUGUUACACAUCAGAGAAGUCACACAGGUGAGAAGCCGUAUUCCUGUUCUGAGUGUGGGAAAUGUUUUGCACAUAAAUCGUCUCUUUUUAAACAUCAGAGAAGUCACACAGGUGAGAAGCCGUAUUCCUGUUCUGAGUGUGGGAAAUUUUUUGCAUCGCAAUCAAUUCUUGUUACACAUCAGAGAAGUCACACAGGUGAGAAGCCGUAUUCCUGUUCUGAGUGUGGGAAAUGUUUUGUAUCGAAACCAAAUCUUGUUACACAUCAGAGAAGUCACACAGGUGAGAAGCCAUAUUCCUGUUCUGAGUGUGGGAAAUGUUUUCCACAGAAAUCGGCUCUUGUUACACAUCAGAGAAGUCACACAGGUGAGCAGCCAUAUUCCUGUUCUGAGUGUGGGAAAUGUUUUGCACACAAAUCAUCUUUUGUUAGUCAUCAGAGAAGUCACACAGGUGAGAAGCCGUAUUCCUGUUCUGUGUGUGGGAAAUGUUUUCCACAGAAAUCGGCUCUUGUUACACAUCAGAGAAGUCACACAGGUGAGAAGCCGUAUUCCUGUUCUGAGUGUGGGAAAUUUUUUGCAACGAAAUCAAAUCUUGUUACACAUCAGAGAAGUCACACAGGUGAGAAGCCGUAUUCCUGUUCUAAGUGUGGGAAAUGUUUUACACAGAAAUCAGGUCUUGAUACACAUCACCUUACUUCCGUACUGUGCGUUCCACAUACAGGAAGUGAGUUUUCGUCGACUGUUGCAGCCUCCCAGUGUCCGUGGAGAUCAGGCUCUUCCACAGAUACGGAGACAGUUCCACCCGAGGGGGAGUAUAUACAAGAGCACAGGGGUCUGUACAAGGACGUGAUGAUGGAGAAUCACCGCCCCCUCACAUCACUGGAUGGGCACAGUAACAGAGAUACCCCAGAGAGAUGUCCCCGUCCUCUGUAUUCCCAGGACUGUACAGAGGAGAAUCACAGGACCCCACAGGAGGAUCAGGUAGAACAUCUUUCUCGUAUAAAGGCAGAAGCUAUAAGGAGAAAAGAAGAGACGUAUGUGACUGAUAUAAAGGCUGAAGAUAUAGAGGAAGAAGAGGAGACGUAUGUGACUGAUAUAAAGGCAGAAGAUCUAGAGGGAGAAGAAGAGACGUAUGUGAUUGAUAUGAAGGUAGAAGAUACAGAGGGAGAAGAAGAGACGUAUGUGACUGAUAUGAAGGCAGAAGAUACAGAGGGAGAAGAAGAGACGUAUGUGACUGAUAUGAAGGCAGAAGAUAUAGAGGGAGAAGAAGAGACGUAUGUGACUGAUAUGAAGGCAGAAUAUACAGAGGGAGAAGAAGAGACAUAUGUGACUGAUAUGAAGGAAGAAGAUACAGAGGGAGAAGAAGACCCGUAUGUGAGGGGUGAUCAGCAGUGUAAGGAGGAGGAGAUCCCUACAGAUAUCAGCACAGCAGAUGGGCACACAAGCAGGAACAUCUCAGAAGGACAUCUAAUGUUAUCCCUGGAUUCUGAAAUAACCGAUAACGACAGUAGACAGGAUUCUCCAGGAGCUAACCCCAUUACCCCAAUUAUACAUCCAGCUCUAUCAGCUGGUCUCUCUGAUCCUGGGAAAUGUUCUCCUGAUCACUCUGAUAUUGGUGCAUCUGUUACAGCUCUGACAGUAGAUACAGUGUUUCCCUGUUCUAUAUAUGCCAAAUGUUUUACACAGAACACAAAGCGUAUUACCAAUCAGCCAGCUAAGGCAGGUGAGAGUCCAUUUCCAUGUUCUGAGUGUGGGAAAUGUUUUACAUCGACAUCACAUCUUGUUAUACAUCAGAGAAGUCACACAGGUGAGAUGCCAUUUUCCUGUUCUGAGUGUGGGAAAUGUUUUUCAUCGACAUCACAUCUUGUUAAACAUCAGAGGAGUCACACAGGUGAGAUGCCAUUUUCCUGUUCUGAGUGUGGGAAAUGUUUUGCAUGUAAAUCAGUUCUUGUUAGACAUGAGAGAAGUCACACAGGUGAGAAGCCAUAUUCCUGUUCUGAGUGUGGGAAAUGUUUUGCACUGAAAUCACAUCUUGUUCCACAUCAGAGAAGUCACACAGGUGAGAUGCCAUUUUCCUGUUCUGAGUGUGGGAAAUGUUUUACACGGAAAUCAGUUCUUGUUAGACAUGAGAGAAGUCACACAGGUGAGAAGCCAUAUUCCUGUUCUGAGUGUGGGAUAUGUUUUACACAGAAAUCAGCUCUUGUUAUACAUCAGAGAAGUCACACAGGUGAGAAGCCAUAUUCCUGUUCUGAGUGUGGGAUAUGUUUUACACAGAAAUCAGCUCUUGUUAGACAUGAGAGAAGUCACACAGGUGAGAAGCCGUAUUCCUGUUCUGAGUGUGGGAAAUGUUUUUCAUCGACAUCACAUCUUGUUAUACAUCAGAGAAGUCACACAGGUGAGAAGCCAUUUUCCUGUUCUGAGUGUGGGAAAUGUUUUUCAUCGACAUCACAUCUUGUUAUACAUCAGAGAAGUCACACAGGUGAGAUGCCAUUUUCCUGUUCUGAGUGUGGGAAAUGUUUUACACGGAAAUCAGUUCUUGUUAUACAUCAGAGAAGUCACACAGGUGAGAAGCCGUUUUCCUGUUCUGGGUGUGGGAAAUGUUUUACACGGAAAUCAGUUCUUGUUAUACAUCAGAGAAGUCACACAGGUGAGAAGCCAUAUUCCUGUCCUGAGUGUGGGAAAUGUUUUGCACUGAAAUCACAUCUUGUUCCGCAUCAGAGAAGUCACACAGGUGAGAAGCCAUUUUCCUGUUCUGAGUGUGGGAAAUGUUUUUCAUCGACAUCACAUCUUGUUAUACAUCAGAGAAGUCACACAGGUGAGAUGCCAUUUUCCUGUUCUGAGUGUGGGAAAUGUUUUUCAUCGACAUCACAUCUUGUUAAACAUCAGAGGAGUCACACAGGUGAGAUGCCAUUUUCCUGUUCUCAGUGUGGGAAAUGUUUUGCACGGAAAUCAGUUCUUGUUAAACAUCAGGACCUGCAACAAGACCUUCAGUCCAUGGAACAACGGAUACAAGAUUCCAUUCAGACCCGUCUCUUUUCCAUACAGUCCGAUGUCACUCAGGUCGCAGAUAGAGUGGUAACGUUGGAGGAUAGCUCCGAGAAGACGGACUCUAAAAUAUCUGAUCUCCAUGAUCUAAUUUCUCGCCAGUCGCGCUCUCUGAUGGCCAUGGGCCGCCGACUAGAUGACGUGGAUAACAGGGGACGCCGGAAUAAUCUGCGAAUACGGGGACUGCCUGAAGACGUCGCUCCCCAAAACGUUGAAUCUGCUCUAACCAAAAUAUUCAAUGAACUUUUAGGGGCGGACUCUGACUACCAGAUGGUGUUUGACAGAGCACAUCGGGCCUUGCGACCUAGAGGGACGCCAACGGAAAGACCCCGAGACGUCAUCUGCAGACUCCACUACUUUCAGGAAAAGGAGGAGAUUCUUAGAGCAGCCAGACGGGUAGCGGACAUUAUUUUUGAGGGUCACAGGAUACAAAUCUUCCCGGACCUCUCGUGGUCUACCUUACAACAGAGGCGUAUACUCCGCCCCCUCACAGAUGAACUUAAAAACCGUAACAUCAAAUUUCGAUGGGGAUUCCCAUUGUCUAUCCAAGUGACCUACAAAGGAACCCUUUUUGUCCUACAGGAAUAUGAUGGCGUUAAGGACUUCUGCUCAGCCCUGGAUAUCCCGGCCCCGAGUCUCCCUAAUUGGUUGGACCCAUUUGAACUUUCAUUGUCUCCUCCACCCCAAAUGGAACGGUGGCACAGAGUCCGCCUUAACAUCCCCGAGAAGAGAUCCCGGCUUCUACACUCUCUGUAUACCGACCAAGCGGAUGUGGUGUUCCUUCAGGAGACGUACUUUAAAAGAGGUGCCUCUCCGAAGCUACACUCCCGUCAUUUCCCACAGGGAUAUUUUAAUGAUUUCUCUGGGGCUAAGGCCAAGGGGGUUGCAAUUUUAUUCGCUAAGCACAUUAGAUUAUGUGAUGUAUCAGAAACCCCUAUUGGAGAUGGGAGGGGCCUGUUGGUGAAGGCCACAAUUGCUGACCAAACUUUCACCUUUGUCAACCUUUAUCUCCCUAAUCAGGGCCAGAUCCGUUUUAUGAGAGAGGCGUUGGAGCUGAUAGAACAGUCUCUGGCAGGGGUAUUAGUGAUUGGAGGAGACCUUAACUGGGCGUUGGAGCCUCUUCUAGAUACUUCAACUGGGGCACCCAGAUCCUCAUUACAAGAUGUUAGACGCUUUAAGUCAAUUCUGCAUGAUUUCCAGCUAAUGGACACCUGGCGCCUGCUCCACCCCAAAGAUAGGGACUACACAUUUUAUUCUUGUCCACAUAAUUGUUAUUCCCGUAUCGACUAUCUUUUUGUGGAUCAUAACUCCCUUGAUUUUCUUGUAGAUGCCACAAUAGGUCAAAUAGUUGGCUCUGACCAUGCCCCCACUACACUUACCCUGUCUUUGCGCCACCCCCCCCGACGCCAAUGGCGUUGGCGCUUUAACGAGCGAUUUCUCAGAGACCCAGACUGUCGAGCCCAAUUAGAAAGCACAAUAGAGGAUUAUAUUGCUUUUAAUGUGACUGACGAGGUAUCCCCUGUGACGGUGUGGGAAGCCCAUAAAUGCGUGGUUAGAGGCAAAUGCAUCCAACUAGGUUCCCUCCUUAAGAAACAAAAAAAUGAAUGUCGGGAAGCCCUACUUGCUAAAAUUAAAAAACUGGAACUCAUACAUAAAUCCACACUAACUUCCGAUGUGUUGGCAGAACUGCAAGAAGCUCGGUCUUCCCUUAAUAACUUGCUGAAUGAAGGCACACGCAGGGCGUUCCACUGCUGCCGGCACAAGUUUCAUAGGUGGGGUAACAAACCUGGGAAGCUUCUUGCCCGCUCUCUCCACGCCCAAAGAUCCCUCACCUAUAUUAGGGAGAUUAGGGACUCCUCUGGUGUGCCCCAUGCUUCUGACGGUAAGAUGGCUGAGAUCUUUCAGGCAUACUAUACCAAACUCUAUAAUUUGACAUCUCUGCGUUCCCAAUGUGAACAGUCAAUGCAUGGGAAGGCAGUAGAGGAUUUCCUAGAAGAGAUUAAUUUCCCGUCCCUCUCCCCAGCUAUAAUUAAAGCCCUUGAAGACCCUUUUACAAACGAUGAACUUGUGUCCGCCCUGAAGUCCUCCCCGUCUGGUAAAAGCCCAGGCCCCGACGGCCUCCCCAUAUCUUAUUACAAAACAUUUCAAGAUAAACUUCUCCCUCUCUUGCUCCACGCUUGCAAUUCUGUCUCUCCGCAGGCCCCUUUUUCAAACCAGUCCUUAGAGGCACACGUCACGUUCAUCCCUAAAGACGGGAAAGACCCAUCAUUGCCAUCUAGUUACAGGCCAAUCUCCCUCCUUAAUGUUGAUAUUAAAUUAUACGCUAAACUCUUAGCGAACCGCCUGUGUUUGUUACUGCCUGCACUGAUACACUCGGAUCAGGUUGGCUUUGUUCGAGGUAGAGAGGCGAGGGACAACACCAUACGGGUGAUUGACCUGAUAGCCCAUGCAAGCUCCGAUAAGGCUCCCAUGAUGCUUCUCUCCAUAGACGCUGAGAAAGCCUUUGACCGCAUCGACUGGGUUUUUAUGGAAAAGACACUGCGACGAUUGGGCCUGGGGGAAGUGUUUUUGCAAAAAAUCUUAGCGCUAUAUCGAGCUCCCUCGGCACAGGUGCGGGUGAACGGAAUACUUUCUGACCCGGUAGACAUCUCUAAUGGGACUAGACAGGGAUGCCCGUUGUCACCAUUGAUAUUUGUUAUCUGUAUGGGGGCUCUGGCUAGGGCCAUCCGACAGAACCCUGUUAUCACUGGCUUGAGGGUGGGUGAAACUGAUCACAAACUUGCAUUGUUCGCGGACGACCUGCUAGCGGUCGUUACGAACCCUGCUAUAUCCCUGUCUGGUCUUAUGAAAGAAUUUGCACGCUUUGGAGCAUUAUCCAAUUUUAAGAUCAAUUAUGCGAAGUCUACAGCCCUUAAUAUCUCUCUCCCCGCUAACUUAGUUUCGUCUCUGAAGACUAUGUUUCCCUUCACCUGGCACCCCUCACACAUUAAAUAUUUAGGCAUCUUGAUUCCCUCCUCACUUUCGACUACUGUCACUCUAAACCACCUCCCUUUGCUGCGUAAGCUGCGUAAGGAAAUGUCGCAGUGGCUUCAACAGAAGUUCUCCUGGCUAGGCCAUGGUCCCAGUAACAGAGAUAUCCCAGACAGAUGUGCCCGUCCUCUGUAUUCCCAGGAUUGUACAGAGGAGAAUCACAGGAUCCCACAGGAGGAUCAGGUGACUGAUAUAAAGGCAGAAGAUACAGAGGGAGAAGAAGAGACGUAUGUGACUGAUAUAAAGGCAGAAGAUAUAGAGGGAGAAGAAGACACGUAUGUGACUGAUAUAAAGGCAGAAGAUAUAGAGGGAGAAGAAGAGAUGUAUGUGACUGCUAUAAAGGCAGAAGAUACAGAGGUAGAAGAAGAGACGUAUGUGACUGAUAUAAAGGCAGAAGAUAUAGAGGGAGAAGAAGAGACGUAUGUGACUGAUAUAAAGGCAGAAGAUAUAGAGGGAGAAGAAGAGACGUAUGUGACUGAUAUAAAGGCAGAAGAUAUAGAGGGAGAAGAAGAGACGUAUGUGACUGAUAUAAAGGCAGAAGAUAUAGAGGGAGAAGAAGAGACGUAUGUGACUGAUAUAAAGGUAGAAGAUACAGAGGGAGAAGAAGAGACGUAUGUGACUGAUAUGAAGGCAGAAGAUAUAGAGGGAGAAGAAGAGACGUAUGUGACUGAUAUGAAGUCAGAAGAUAUAGAGGGAGAAGAAGAGACGUAUGUGAGGGGUGAUCAGCAGUGUAAGGAGGAGGAGAUCCCUACAGAUAUCAGCACAGCAGAUGGACACAAAAGCAGGAAUAUCUCAGAAGGACAUCUAAUGUUAUCCCCGGAUUGUGAAAUAAAAGAUAAUGACAGUAGACAGGAUUCUCCAGGAGAUAACCCCAUUACCCCAAUUAUACAUCCAGCUCUAUCAGCUGAUCCCCCUGAUCCUGGGGAAUGUUCUCCUGAUCACUCUGAUAUUGGUGCAUCUGUUACGGCUCUAACAGUAGAUACAGUGUUUCCCUGUUCUAUAGAUGCCAAAUGUUUUACACAGAACACAAAGCCUAUUAACCCACACACAGGUAAGGUAGGUGAAAGGCCACUGAUAUGUCUGGAGUGUGAGAAAUGUUUUACAUACAAAUCAGAUCUUGUUAUACAUCAGAGAAGUCACACAGGUGAGAAGGCAUUUCCAUGUUCUGAGUGUGGGAAAUGUUUUGCACGGAAAUCACGUCUUGUUAGACAUCAGAGAAGUCACACAGGUGAGAAGCCGUUUCCAUGUUCUGAGUGUGGGAAAUGUUUUGCACAGAAAUCAGAUCUUGUUAAACAUCAGAGAAGUCACACAGGUGAGAAGCCAUUUCCAUGUUCUGAGUGUGGGAAAUGUUUUACACGGAAAUCAGAUAUUGUUAUACAUCAUAGAACUCACACAGGUGAGAGGCCAUUUCCAUGUUCUGAGUGUGGGAAAUGUUUUACACAGAAAUCAUAUCUUGUUAUACAUCAUCGUACUCACACAGGUGAGAAGCCAUUUCCAUGUUCUGAGUGUGGGAUAUGUUUUGCACACAUAUCAAAUCUUGUUAUGCAUGAGAGAAGUCACACACGUGAGAAGCCAUUUUCUUGCUCUGAGUGCAGGAAAAGUUUUACCUGGAAAUCCCUACUUGUUAUACAUCAGAGAAGUCACACAGGUGAAAAGCCUUUUCCAUGUUCUGAGUGUGGGAAAUGUUUUGCAAACAAAUCAGAUCUUGUUAAACAUCAGAGAAGUCACACAGGUGAGAAGCCAUUUCCAUGUUCUGAGUGUGGGAAAUGUUUUGCACAAAAAUCAGAUCUUGUUAAACAUAACAGAAGUCACACAGGUGAGAAGCCAUUUCCAUGUUCUGAGUGUGGGAAAUGUUUUACACAGAAAUCACAACUUGUUACACAUCAGCAAAGUCACACAGGUGAGAAGCCAUUUCCAUGUUCUGAGUGUGGGAAAUGUUUUGCACACAAAUCAGAUCUUGGUAGACAUAACAGAAGUCACACAGGUGAGAGGCCAUUUCCAUGUUCUGAGUGUGGGAAAUGUUUUACACGAAAAUCACAUCUUGUUGGACAUCAGCGCAGUCACACAGGUGAGAGGCCAUUUUCUUGCUCUGAGUGUGGGAAAUGUUUUAUCCAGAAAUCACAUCUUGUUAUACAUAACAGAAGUCACACAGGUGAGAAGCCAUUUUCUUGCUCUGAGUGUGCGAAGUGUUUUAUCCAGAAAUCACAUCUUGUUAUACAUCAGAGAAGUCACACAGGUGAGAGGCCAUUUCCAUGUUCUGAGUGUGGGAAAUGUUUUGCACGGAAAUCACAUCUUGUUGCACGUCAGCAAAGUCACAAAGAUGAGAAGCCAUUUCCAUGUUCUGAGUGUGGGAAAUGUUUUACACGGAUAUCACAUCUUGUUACACAUCAGAGAAGUCACACAGGUGAGAAACCAUUUUCUUGCUCCGAGUGCGGGAAAUGUUUUACACAGAAAUCACAUCUUGUUAAGCAUCAGCGAAGUCACACAGGUGAGAAUACAUUUCCAUGUUCUGAGUGUGGGAAAUGUUUUACACAUAAAUCACAUCUUGUUACACAUCAGAGAAGUCACACAGGUGAGAAACCGUUUUCUUGCUCCGAGUGCGGGAAAUGUUUUACACAGAAAUCACAUCUUGUUAAUCAUCAGCGAAGUCACACAGGUGAGAAUACAUUUCCAUGUUCUGAGUGUGGGAAAUGUUUUACACAGAAAUCAGAUCUUAUUAAACAUCAGAAAACUCACACAGGUGAGAAGCCAUUUCCAUGUUCUGAGUGUGGGAAAUGUUUUGCACGCAAAGCAGAUCUUGUUAAACAUCAGAGAACUCACACAGGUGAGAAGCCAUUUUCUUGCUCUAAAUGCGGGAAAUGUUUUACACAGAAAUCAAAUCUUGUUAAACAUCAGCGAAGUCACACAGGUGAGAAUCCAUUUCCAUGUUCUGAGUGUGGAAAAUGUUUUGCAUACAAAUCAGAUCUUGUUAAACAUCAGAGAAGUCACACAGGUGAGAAGCCAUUUUCUUGCUCUGAGUGUGGGAAAUGUUUUACCUGGAAAUCACAACUUUAUACACAUCUUCGAAGUCACACAGGUGAGAAGCCAUUUCCAUACUCUGAGAAGUAAAUCAGCUCUUGUAGACAUCAGUCAGGUGAGAAACCAUUUUAAUCUUCUGGGGUAUACUUAUUGCCAUAUGAUGUUCUUCAAGAUUCUUAUCCUAUCUCCUAUGCUUUUUGCAAUAUACAUGCUACCGCAUGGUGAAAUAAUCAGACGUCAUGUACUCAUCUACCACUGCUAUGAAGAUGAUCUGUCUUUUGCUCAGGGUACUGAGAACCCAGUACCAAUCCUAAAUGGUUGUCUAGUUGAGCUCCAGGUGUGGGUGAUGCCAGUUGGCUGUGACUCAGUCCUGGUGAAACAGGUCUAUCAUAAGAUAGAAGCUCACCAACAAAGGGCAGGGCUACAGUUCAGCUUUGCAAACCAACCAGACUUACGCUUGGAGGUUCAGAGUUACAAAAUGCGGAUCAUGUGUGGAAUCUUGGUGUCCUGGAUUGUGGAGUGAAACUUAGACAUCACGUAUCAGCCACAAUCAGAUCCUCAUCUGAGGAACAGAGCCAGACUCCAGCACUUAUUUCCCUCAGAAGAUCUACCUACAGUCAUACAUACACUUGUAUCAUCACAAAUAGACUACUGCAAUGUCCUCUACCUGGAUCUCCUAGCAAUAGAAUUGCACCGCUUGUAGCUUGUACAGAUUGCAGCAGCCAGUCUGUUACCUAACCAGCCCGUUCCUGCCACAUAACACCCAUUCUCUACUCCCUUCACCGGCUGCCUGUAAGAUGGUGACUCUAUUACAUAAUCUUACUGACUCCCAAUCCUACAUGAUCAGGAUCCAUGGUAACAGAAGCAGCUUCUGCCUCAUUACUGCCCUGCUUUCUUACUUCCAUCUGCAGAUGAAGGACUCUUACCAGCAGUACCAAGAAUCUCCAAGCAGUGCUGAGAUGUCAGAGGGGGAGACAGAGUUGUGGCACUAGUGCUGUAGUGGGGCCUGCCGAAGGCACUGUCAGUGGGUAAUAUUGUCCUCAAGCAGUGCUGAGGUGUCGGGGGGAGACACAGUGGCUGGCAGUA